UUCAAGGGGCGUGCGGCCGUGCCCCAGGCACACCGCCGAAGAGCUUUCUGCAGGGGAAUUUCAUUUUGGUUCGUCAGUCGAAGUUUGGUUUUAUAAGCAUACCAGGUAACUUCUCCAGCCCAGGUUAGCAGGCCCAGAUCCGUGAGAUGAGCACCACGAUCCAGCGCAGGUUGUUAGGAUGGUUGGUUUUAACAGGAGGUGUGACGGACUUCAGGUGUCUGUGUGCAUUUUUCCCCCCUUUGGUUUCUUCCCACUGCUCUGGUAUAUUAGCAUGAAAGGCUUUCUUCAAAGCUUGGGGCGUUGCUAAUACAGUCGCUCAGCCAGGGAAUUCAGCCUUCAGACCAUACAUGAGGUACGUGUCAAAGCUUCUGUGUGGCUUUUGUUCACUCAGCAGUGGGACUCCAAUUACAAAUGGCUGCUCUGCCGCUCUCCUUUCACCUGGGUGGCCCGUCGCUUUGUUGCCUGGGGCUAAUUUGGAAGGAAAAUGUUCCAUAAGCUGUGCUUUUCCCUGCUGCGCAUAUCCAGCGCCCUUCCAGAUUAGCAGUAAACCAAAGGAGAUAGCGAUUCCCACGGAGGCACAGGCGGCCGCACGCACGCACGCACACCCGCACUUUGCAGCUCUCAGAGCAGAGCUUGCAGGGACCCCUGCUCAGUUGUGAUCAGGUCGGUAACCUUUCUGGCUUCCAGGCUCUCCUGGGCAGCAUAGGAGCCAGCUCAGUGCAGGAAGCUCUGGUGUUCGAAAGGUAGCACUUCAAAUCGCAGGCCAUUCCGUCGGCAGCCAAGAAAAACUAUUUUACGACGGUUCCAAAGGUGACUGAAACAGCGAUCAAGUUGCAAAUGGCUCCCGUGACCCUGGUCAUCUAGGCUGUGUGCUGAAGGAUUCUGGCGCCCUCAUAUUCUGUGUCUGGGGUCUUUUUCUAAUUUAAUAGUGCAUGUUAUAUUUUUAGGGUUGCCUUCUCCAAAGGAGCAAAGAGUGGCAUACUUGUUCCCAUCCCUGCCCCCUGUAUUUUCUCCUGACAAUCGCACAAGAUAUGGCUGGCUGAGUGGCUCAGGAUCACCCUGGCAGACUUCCCGGCCAACUGGAAACCGGGUUUGCCCUGCUCCACCAGCUGCUGCACCCCAGUGGAAACCAGAGUCCCAGCUGCUAAAAAUGCUCGCUCACACUUUUAAACCAACACAGGGAGGCAAUAGAACGACCGGAGAAGGCUGACCUAGCUGCAGAAGGCUUGUCUUCUUCCUCACCAAAGGUGCAUCAGGAACAAUGAGUGUCAGGGAACCAUAGCAUGGGGGGAGAGGUUCUCUUUUAUACCCUAAUAUUAAUUGGGGAGGGAGGAUGUGUUUCAGUUACCAGGUGUUUUGGAACCUACUAUGGGUAUAAAUUGCUGCCCAUGGUUCUUCCAGACUCUUUGCUCCUUCCGCCUCACCUCCUGAGUCACUUUAUGCAACUGAACUCCAUUUUUGCUUUUGAGAAAUCCACUCACUGUCUCUCCCUUUAAGUUUACUUUAUCCAUCAGGCAGGGUUUUGGCUUAGCAGUGCCCAUCUCUGCCCCACAGUCAGUUUGAACACUUAAAAACUGGAGAACUGUUGUUUUCACAUGUACAUUUAAAAUAGGAGUUGUGGGGGGUGCCCUCCCCAGCAGGCUCUAGUUACCUAUAAACUUUUGACCCCGGCAUGUACCUUUUCUGCCCCGACAUGUGAGGCUCCUUUCCCGUGAUGCCUUAGUUUCCUCAUGGGGAUGGAUAUAUGGAGUGAAUUCGUGCACUUUCCUUCUCUUACUUCCUAACAUCUGUAGUAUGGAAAAUCAGCUUUUUUAUUCCCCGGAGAAGUCCUACCUGUACACUAAGGAGAGUGAGGGAGAGAGCACAUACCAUUCAAGGCAGUAUCAAGUGAGGUCUCCCCCAGAUUUGAAUUGCUGCUUUCCUCUAGGUACCUUUAAAAGUGGGCUCAGUCCAGGCAUUGUGUACGGAGCACAGUGGCCUGGUCCCUUCAUUUCACUGACUCCAGUGAGAGAUGUGGCGUCAUUCCAGGGUGUUCUGCUGCAACGGCUCUGGGUUCUAAAAGCCAUGGUGGCUCAUGUCCUCACCAGUCUAGUUGGGUAGUGAAAUGUUUUUUGCUACCCCGCAGUGGAGCUCCACACCAAUGCAUUUUCUGUGUGAUGGUGUGUGUGUAUAUAUAUUGAAGCAUAAUGGGAAAAUGGUCGUGUUAAUAAGAUAUUUUAUUAUAAAGCAAAGUUUUAUUGAAAGAUAAGGUUGUGUAAUAUCAGACUAUUCUGUCCUCUGCGGAACUACUGUAUAAAGCACAUCUGUGCUGAAUCCAUGGCCAGAAGACUGAUUUGCGUGCAAAGGAACGGCAGAGUGGUACGUCUCACCUUUCUCCCCUCUCUAGCAUUUAAGCAGUGGUAACAGACUUUUAAUAAGAUAUUUGAACUGCUGGCUGGCUGUGUUCACUCUGCAAGCAUCAGCAUCUCAGAAGGAAUUUCUCUUCGCGUUAAAAGUCUUUGACAAGAGUCCUUCUGAGGCCUGUGUGUGUGUUCUUAAGCAGGAGGGCCGCUGUCAGAUCCAGAACAUUGUGGGUAGCAAACCUAAGCCUGUAAAAUCUCUACAUAUGAAUUUUUAAAAAUUGGAAAUCUGCAGCUUGCAUCGUUUAUGCAAGGCAAAGUUUUACAUAUGUUUGCAGUAUUCUUCUAGUCGCGGUGGAAAGGCAAGGGAGGCAGUUAGGCAGGGCCUGACCCUGACCUUAGUCACUGGAUGCUUUACUCAGCCAACUCUCUGCCCUUCCAUUAACCACACGCUUCCAAGUCCUCUUUCCAUCUGUAAGAGCUGGAACCUUCCUCGGGAAACCAGACUCCAACCUCAGUAUCAUGUUGUGCAUGCUUUCUCCCUUUGUGCAGGUUCUGCACAGCUCUAGGCAACUCCUGUCAGGAUCAGGAGAUGCAGGGAUAUUGUUAAAGAUUUGUUGUUUAACUUGUUAGGCAAUUGCAAGGCAGAAGUAACAUAAGCAAGGAAGCAACACGCUACGGCUAGUAAAGCACCCCGCUCUGCAAAACUGCACCAACUAGCAACCCUGUUUUCUAACUUCAGAUCUUGCACAUGGCAUUGACCAAACUUGCCUCCUUGCCCCUUUUCCCCUAAAUAUGCACCAAGAGAAGUUCUACUUCUUCCUGGAGGUCUGGCUGCAACUGUGUGAUGUGCCACUGAUGUUACAGUAGAUUGUUUCUGGUUCUAAUUCUGUAGCAGAAGCUGAUUCUGGUCAACGGCGGUUAAAGAACACAUGCCUAGAGUUUCAUCUUUCCUGAACUGCAAAAGCACCACAGGCAGCCACGAGACCACAGGAGAGAGGCUGGGAAGAUGAAAAGGGCUUGCCCAGGCCUGGUGUUGCUUGAAACAGAACUUGGGAGGGCGCCUUUGGACAAUGCUCCUUUGGCCAUAAAAUGCAAGUCAUCUUGACCGCCAGACCGGGUAACAUGCGCUGACUUGGGUCCAAUCGCCUAGCUAAACACACAGAGGUGGUGGUUUGUUUGGUGGCUGCACUCUGAACCUUGCUUCCAAGAUGGCAGUUGAUGCAUAAUUGUUAUCCCCCCUGCCCUUCCUCAAAGUCAGCAGCUUCCUUUUCUGAGGCAAGCAGGCUUCUAGUCCUCAGCAGUGUUUGGUGCCCGCAAAAAGCUCCAUGCUGUAAAGGUGGAAUGGUUUCAGUCAGCAGAAGUUACCUUUACUGUUCACAGCUUAACCCAGGUGGCAUUGUAUGACUUAAGGUUGAUAAAAAAGGUAUUCCUAUUCAGAGACAGGCCAACUCAGAGAAUUUGCUUCAGAUAGUUGUGUACUUACCUGCAACACUUUACUGAAGGUGUAGAAUGUGGCUGCACAGGCUUCAAAAUUUGGGGAGCUUCUUUCUGUGUCCCAAGCUAUAGCAGACGGUUACUGACCUGUUGUGGCUCCUUGUGCCUGUAGUUAUGAAUGGCUUAAGGAGAGCUGUUGGUUUGCAGUACUGAGGGAAACCAGAUUCUGUGCAUGCCAGACCCAAAUUUAGCAUUCUGAAUAAAUUAUGCAAAUAGUUUAGCCUGCAUCUAAUUUGGUUUCUAUCGUUAAACUGGGCAAAGGAUUUUGAUUCUCUACUACCACCCAAUCCAUUACCAGCUGCCUGCUUGCUCACCCUUCUCUGGCACAAAAGAAGCGAGUUAGUGGACAGAAAUGGUCGACACGUUGCUUGCUGAUGCACUGGCCUGUUGGCACGCUCUCCCUGGUAGGUGAGGAGCAGCAGCAGACCUGGGCAGGAUGGGCACACAUACGCACACCCCCUCUCAGGAUGUCAUGCCUAGGAGCCACCAAAAACAUGGAGCCAGGAUAGUCCAAGUCAUCAUCCUGCUUCCAAAGCCAUUCUUGGUCAUGGACUUGGAGCGUGUGGCUUGGAGGCUUGAAAGGGGGCCCAGUUUCUGAGAAAGUUGCCAGUUGAUGUUAUUUAUGCAUGAAUUAAAGUGGUUGCUGCACACAUUUGUUUGCUGGUGGGCUGGAAUCAGUUUUCCUCUCCUUUAACUUAACAUUGUCAGGAUGAAGAGCUAAAAGUAUUACUGUAAUAUAUUCUGGAGGAGGUAGUUGCUGCAGCAUCUCAUAAUAUCCAGAAAUACCAAGUAGGAAACCACUUUGUUGGUGGAUUUUUCAUAACUGACUAAAAGCACCAAACUGUGCAGUAUAGUAGAUAUUUCCUAAUAUAGAGUAGGAAUAUGAUGAGCAUUCAUUAGACUUCUAGCAGCAGGAGAGGUCUUAUUUUUGUUUCAGUUACUGGCAGGACAAAAUGGAUGGCUACCUUUGAGAAGGCUAGGUCAGGCUUAGGAAGAAAAGCACAUAGGAUCUGCCUUAGCCUGAGUCAAGCCUUUGUUUCCUCUAGCCUUGCGUUUUUGACACUGGUGGCAUCUACUUCUUUGCAUCUUUGCAUCUUCUCCGUGCAAAGCAGGUAUGCUGUUGCUAAGGCCUUCCCCCUCCAGCAACCUAGAUAGGCUCACUAUGCAAAGCUUGAGAGUGGUUGCCUUAGAAAAGGGGUGAACAGAAGGUAGAUCUGGACCUACUGAGAAAUCUCAGCAAGGGUUCCUGGUUCUCGAGAGUAAUUAUGGAACAGUCUCCACCCUCUAUCCUAAAUUGUACUUGAAAUAAAGCAUGUGGAGACAAGGGGGUAGGUUUUUGUGUGGAAAGCUGGGGAGCUCAAUAUGGUUCUGGAAUUCAGAGCAAAUUCCUGAGCUCAGAAUUCAUUAAUUCUAAGUGUGUGUUUCUUGCACCAAGCACCAGUUUGUGGCUUUGGGGGUUCUAAUGAGAACAAAAAAGCAAAGCAGAUCCUUUAAGCUUGUCCUCACUUGCCUUAGAAUAUUCAACCAUUUGAUUGAGCUUUUGUCUGCAUGCCUGUCAGAGGAUCCCCAAAGAUAAUGAUGAAUCGACCCUUUUGCAACAGGAAUAUUUUCCUCUUUAAACAUGAAGGUCUAUUUUUUUUCUUUGCAUUUUUGUUUUUUAAAAAAACCUAAAUAUAUCUGUGCUUCAAAUCCACCUUGUUCUACAUUGAUUCCUGACUACUGUAAUGCAGGGGAGGAGGGCUUAAUCUCUCCGGGCUAAGAAUCAUUUGCUUGUAUUGCAGUGUUCAAGAAGUUGCUUAGGGCAAUUAGCUGGAUCAUUUCAAUAAACUUUAGAUUUUGAAAAAACGUGGGCCUGUUUUGUUCGAAUGCUUCUUUUCCUUAGCUCUGUCUCUGCCACAAGCCAUAGAAUGGCUCUAGCUAGACAUUUUAACUACUUGUAUCGCUGUAGGUGCCAUGGUCAGUGCGGUAGCGGGAUUGUAUUUAUCUUAAUUUAACCACAUGUUUUGGAUCAGGUGUUGCUCAGAAUGUAAAAGAUUUGGGAACCAAAUCCAUAAGGCACAAAUCAUGCCCAUAAAUUUAUUUAAAUGCCGUAGGAGCCAUCGCCAAGCAACCAUUUUGUCAUCCAAACAUCAGAGUCUUCAAGUAUUUUGCACUCUGCAAACAAAUAGAAAAAAUUGAACUAAGAGAAGGGAAACGUCCAUUGGUGGCAAUGGAGAGCCAAGGCUCCAAGAGCUGGGUGGAGGGGACAGACCAGGGCCAAGUCCUAACCAUACCCUUGCUCUGGGUGGAUGAAAAAUGUGUCUGGUUUGAGGGAUGCUUUGCUUUUGUCUAUUCAAACGCUUCUGCCUCAUAGCUAAAGUUUGUGGCUGUUUUGUUUGUAGGUAUAACAAAUAGUCCAAUUCACCCAGGUUGUUGAAAAUAUCUGAAAUGGAGGCAUUCCCGAUUUUUUAUCCAUGUUCUGUUCCUUGAAAUAGAGGGCAUAUACUGCUCCCCAGCACAGAGAACGGGUGCACCUGACAGAAUAUUUCUCUGUGCAAUUCAUUUCUCAAACGCUUGAAGCAGCCUCCAGCUCGAGGAAGAAUGUAGUUCAGAAACUUCUGACAGAGUGAAACAUGCAUUUAAAAACAGGAUAUUCACAGAAGUAUUCCCUCUCUUACAUACUGGAAACCAUCAGUGUGAGUUGGGAAGGAUUAUCCUGCAGCAGGUAUAUUUGCAUACUACAAAAUGUUCUUGUUUUAAAUUCAUAUGGAAAACAGGUUUGCUGUCCGUGUUAUGUUUUGGUUUUACUUUGCUGUUAAAGAUGCUUUCAGAGCUUCAAGCUAACCCUUUCUCCUUCCAGAUUUCAGAUGCUGGGUAGUAUGUAUAUAUCAUGUAGCUUUUGCAGCUGGACAAGGAGAGAAAUGCUUCUAGUUCUAGAACAGGUUUUGUCUGGGUUGGAACAGGCUUGUCCAUCUUUGUCCCUGCUGGUUCGUUGUCUUCGGAGAAGAACGUUAAGCCUUCCUGCUGCCUCGUUUCUGACUGAAAAGAACGUCAGCAAAACAGACUUGCUAAAGAGGCCAACGUUCUGUGCGAAGAGUCAGGAUCCCAUUGUGUGGGCAGAGGAUGUGAGCUUUGAAUUGCAGUGCGAGAGUCCAAAGAUCAACAAGAGAUGCCUUCCAAUCACCGCCAGGAAAAACCUUAUCUGUUGAUUUUCUUCUGACGCACUCAUUAAAAGUAUAGCAGCUCCCUUCUUUGCUGAAAGGUGGCAAUCCUACAGUUUUGGAAGAGGGAUUCUCCACAGUACUGUGCCACUACUCAGGAGCAAGAGGCAGGCUGGUCAUUGGGGAGCACCAGGACUUGGACGCAACCACUUGCAGCAAGAUACCAAUCCACAGACUUGAGACACCAGGCCAAUUGGCAUAAAAAUAUAAUUUGCCCUGUGUUAAUUAACCAGCUGGAGAAUUUUGCUGUGGAUACAACUGAAUUAUUCCAGUGGGGCAUACCUGGUUUCCUCCCAUUCUGACAGGUCAAAUUCUCAGUUUCUUUCAGAAACUAAGUGAGUACGUACAACUUGGAAGGGGCAUGCGGCUCGGAAGACAAACCAGCACAAAGGGAGCUGCCAGCUUCUCAACCCUCCAGGCACUGUUCCUGUAACACCAGCUGAAUCUACAUACACAGUACUGAAUGCUUGCAUAUCUCCACACUAUGAGAAACUGCAGAACAAGGUGUGGAGGCUGCUUUAUCUCCUGAUAUGCUGGCAACUUCCGUUCUGUCUUGGUGCCUUCCUAUGGAAGGCUUGCAGGCCAGAUUGGGGUGCCCAGCAGACCACAUUUGGACUGUGGGUUGCAGCUUUUACAUCCUUGUCUCAAACCCAUGAGAAUUUCUCAGGUAGCCCUGCCAGUUGCAUCCCCCUGCCAGGGUGGGGAGGAGGGGGGUGUUCUGCAUUGCUUGUUGUUUUGCCAUAGAUUAAGUGGCAGGAUAUGAAUUUGGUAAGGGCCAAUUCUACACCAAUUGCUUGAACAUCUAUUUUAAUAUUAAAUGAACCAGAGAAAUUGUGAGUGCAAAGGUCCACGUUUGUGAGCCUGUUUAAUUCCUAUGUCGCUUAAUGCUAAUUCUGUAACACUAUAUAGACCCUCUUUCAGUAACACAAAGAAGGAAAGGUUGCUUUUUUUCCCCUUUUGUAGGCUUUUCCCCCCCUAAGUGAAAAGUGAUUCUGAUCAAAACAGCCACAUACCUAGUUCCUUGUUGCACUGACAUUUCCCUUCUGAAUCUCCUGGAUGGUUUAACUUUUCGGAAAGAGAAAGAGAAGGGAUCGCUUGAGCUUACCAGCCCUGUCCUUUUUUUCCUUUUCUUUUUUUGGUGCAUUUGAUUAGCCACCUUAUUAGUAAACACUAGCAAAGAAAAGUGGAUUUAUUUUUCUCAACUGAAGCUCAGCACUGCUGCAUAAGGAAAACUGUUCUCUUCUGUUUUUCAAUUGAAAGACCAAAAGAAGUUUUGAGGAACAUCUUUCAUAUAAUUGGCAAGAAGAUAUUGGCAUGUGUAUUUCAUUGACAUAAUUUCCUCCAGGGGUUCUUCAAGUUUUGGUUUUAAAUUUCAGGUUUAAUUUUGCUCUUCCUUGCCACAAACCAGGAUGAAUUAUCCAUCAUUCUUUAGAAGCUGGGUGGCCUUUUCCUUCUUCAUGGUACAACAGCAAGCUCAGUCCAUGGCGAUCCUGUAUCCGUUCUGGCAAAACGACACGAAAACCCCCAAAGUGGAUGACGGCAGCUCCCCAGAGAUCAAGCUGUCCUUCCCAUUCAUCUUCUUUGGAGUCCCAUAUAGGACCAUUUUUGUCAACAACAACGGGGUCAUUUCCUUUAAUGUGUUGGUCAGCCAGUUCACACCAGAGUCCUUCCCCCUGGCUGAUGGAAGGGCUUUCAUCGCCCCCUUUUGGGCAGACGUCCACAACGGCAUUCGAGGUGAAAUCUACUACCGCGAAAGCACCGAUCCUGCUCUCCUAAAGAAAGUCUCCAAAGAUAUCCGCAAACAUUUUAAGAACCUUCCGUCAUUCAAUGCGGUGUCUGUUUUCAUUGCUACCUGGGAAGAAGUCACCUUCUAUGGAGGCAGUGGUACAACCCCGGUGAACACCUUCCAGGCUCUUCUAAUCUCAGAUGGAACAUCCUCUUUUACCAUGUUCAACUAUGAAGAAAUUAACUGGACCACUGGGACUGCAAGUGGAGGUGAUCCGCUCACUGGUCUUGGUGGAGUGAUGGCCCAGGCAGGCUUCAAUGGGGGAAACAGCACCAACUACUUCAGCAUCCCUGGUUCGAGAACCCCGGACAUAGUCAGCAUCAAAGACACAACCAAUGUCAACAUGCCAGGCCGCUGGGUGUUCAAAGUGGAUGGAAGAGAAAUCGACCCAGCCAAUGGAUGCAGUUUUAGAGGGCAGUUCUUACGACAAGGAGAGAUAUUCUGGGAAAGCGCAAACUGCUCCACCAAAUGCCGUUGCCUGGAUUUCAACAAUGAGAUCUUCUGCCAGGAGGUGUUCUGCGGUCCCUAUGAGAUCUGUGAGCUGAAGGAGAAGUUCUACCAAUGUCUGCCGGUGGAGAGCAGCACUUGUGUGGUGUUUGGGGACCCACAUUAUCACACCUUCGACGGCUUUCUCUUCCACUUCCAGGGUUCCUGCUCCUACCUUCUUGCCCGGCAGUGCUGGCCCGAAUCCAACCUGCCGUUCUUCAGUGUGGAAGCCAAGAACGAAAACCGGGGUGCUUCUUCUGUCUCCUGGCUGAAGGAUAUCUCCAUUGAAGUUUAUUCACACAAGAUAAUCAUCCCCAAAGGCAGCUUUGGGAAAAUUAUGAUAGAUGACUUGGUCAUGUCUCUCCCUGUCUUCCUGGAACUGGGGGCGAUAAAGAUCUAUCAGAGCGGCUUGUCGACGGCCGUAGAAACCGACUUCGGCCUUCUGGUGACGUACGACGGAGAGCAUUACGCUGCCAUCUCGGUCCCGGGCUCCUACAUCAACGCCACAUGUGGGCUCUGUGGAAACUACAACAAGAACCCCGAGGAUGACGUGCUGCGGUCGGAUGGAAGAAUGGCCACCUCGGUGCUGGACCUGGGGGAGAGCUGGCGGGUCUACCACCCCGAGUGGAAGUGCUCCCCGGGCUGCUUGGACAACUGCAGCCUCUGCGACAUGGCGAUGGAAGCUCUCUACUUUGGUCCUGAGCACUGCGGCUUCAUCAACAAGACCAGAGGCCCCCUGUGGGAGUGCGGGGCCAUUGUCGACCCCACCGCCUUUGUCCACAGCUGCGUGUACGACUUGUGCAGCAUCCGAGAUAACGGCACCGGAGGACUCUGCCAAGCCAUUCAGGCAUACGCCUUGGUUUGCCAAGCCCUUGGGAUCCCGAUCGGAGACUGGCGAAUGCAGGCAGGGUGCGCCGCCGUGGUGCAGUGUCCGGAAUUCAGCCACUACGCCGUGUGCACCAGCAGCUGCCCAGCCACCUGCUCCGACCUCACGGCCCCCUCGGCCUGUACCGCCCCGUGCACCGAGGGCUGCGAGUGCGAUGAAGGCUACGUGCUCAGCACGGACCUCUGCGUCCCAGUCCACCAGUGCGGCUGCGACGUGGACGGGCGAUACCACGCCGUCGGGGAAGCCUUUUGGGCCUCGCCAGACUGCACGGUGCAGUGCUGGUGCGAGGACGGAGGGGAGGCCAGCUGCUUCAACUCCACCUGCCAGGAAGGGGAGGUCUGUGCCGUGGAGAACGGCUACCAAGGCUGCUACCCCAAGCGGGAGACGCUGUGCCUGGUGUCGCAGGACCAAGUGCUGCAGACGUUCGACGGGGCCACGUUUGGGUACCCCCUGGACAACUCCUACACGCUGGUCAAAACCUGCCCAGACAGACCCAGCUACCUGGAGGUGGACAUCAGCAAAAAGAAGCUGGAGCCGAACCCCGACUUGCUGCGGACGUUGCGGAUCCAGGUUGCCAGCCAAGAGGUCAAGAUCGGAGGGAUGGACAGCUCAGAGAUCAAGGUAAAUGGAUAUGAAACAGAACUGCCGUAUUUCCACCCCUCUGGCCACCUGGAAGUCUACAGAAGUAAAAACGGGACUGUGGUUGAGUCCGAAGGGCUCGUGCACAUCCAGUAUUCGGAUGCCGGCAGGUUGGAGAUACGUCUCUCCACAGCCUACUUCAACUGUACCGGGGGCCUGUGUGGCUUUUUCAAUGGCAACAGUAGUGAUGAAUUCUGCUUCCUGAAUGGGAAAUGCACAGACAACCUGGUGGUCUUCUUGGAGAGCUGGACGACCUUUAACGAGAUUUGCAACGGGGAGUGUGGCAACCUGCUGAAGGCCUGCAACAACGACUCGGAGCUCCUGAAGGAUUACCGCAGCCGCUUGAAGUGUGGCGUCAUCAACGAUCCCACCAACAGCUCUUUCCUGGAGUGCCACUCCGUGGUGAACGUGUCCGCCUACUACCGGACCUGCCUCUUCCGCCUGUGCCAGAGCGGAGGGAACCAGUCCGAGCUCUGUGACUCGGUGGCUCGCUACGCCAGCGCCUGCAAGAACGCCGAAGUAGAGAUUGGGCAGUGGAGGAGCUUCAACUUUUGCCCUCUGACAUGCCCCGAAAACAGCCACUUCGAGGAGUGCAUGACCUGCGCAGAGUCCUGCCAAAGCCUGGGUGGGGGUCCCGUGUGCACGGACAGCUGCACGGAGGGCUGCCAGUGCGACGAGGGCUUUGCCUUCUGGGGACCCCGGUGCAUCCCCAAGAGUGAGUGCGGCUGCAGCUUCGAGGGGCACCAGCUCUCCACCAACCAGUCUUUCUGGAUGGAUAUCGACUGCCAGUAUUUCUGCUACUGCAACGGCUCGGACAACAGCGUCCACUGCGAGAACAUUCCGUGCAAGGAGGAUGAGUACUGCCUGGAAGAGAAUGGCCUUUACUACUGCCAGCCCCGCACCGAUGCGUCUUGCAUCGUCUCUGGCUACGGACACUACCUGACCUUUGAUGGCUUUGCUUUUGAUUUUCAGAGCAGCUGUCCCCUGGUGCUUUGCACAACCAUCGGCCGCCAAAGGGCCGUGCGCUCAGACACCUUCCCUGAGUUCACAGUCACUGCCAAGAAUGAGGAUCGGGACCCUUCCCUGGCCAUGUGGGUGAAGCAGGUGGAGGUGGAAGUCUUCAAUUACAACAUCGUCAUCCAUCGAGCCUACAAACACACCGUGCUGGUUAACAACGAGCGCCUUUACCUGCCCUUAAAGUUGAGUCAGGGGAAAGUGAACAUCUUUGCCUUUGGUUUCCACAUCAUCAUAGAGACUGACUUUGGGCUGAAGGUGGUGUAUGACUGGAAGACAUUCCUCUCUGUUUCCAUCCCACGGAGUUUACAGAACAAUACUUAUGGGCUUUGUGGUCGGUAUAAUAGCAAUCCAGAUGAUGAUCUCCACACCUCUGGUGGUGUUCUAGUCUCCAGCAUCAAUGAGUUUGGCCACAGCUGGGCCAAGAGGGACCCCUUUUGCCAGGUGGGCUGUGGCGACCGCUGCCCAGCCUGUCGUAAAGUGGAAGGAUUCUGGAAGCCUCAGCAGCUCUGCAGUUUGAUCCCUAGCAAGAGCGGCGUCUUCUCCAAGUGCCACAGUAAGGUCAACCCCACCUUCUUCUACAAGAACUGCUUGUUCGACACAUGCAUUGAUGGGGGCGAUGUGCAAACCGCUUGCAGCUGGCUGCAGAACUAUGCCAGCACCUGCCAAACCCAGGGGAUUGCCAUCACGGGCUGGAGGAACUUCACGGUGUGUUCGGUGAGCUGCCCCCCAAACAGCCACUACGAGAGCUGCGUGAGCGUCUGCCAGCCCCGCUGUGCCGCCAUCCGGCUGAAAAGCGACUGCAACCACUACUGCGUGGAGGGCUGCCAGUGUGACCCAGGCUACGUCCUCAAUGGCAAGAGCUGCAUCACACCCCACAACUGCGGCUGCUACGCCGACGGCAAAUACUACGAGCCCAAGCAGCUGUUCUGGAACAGCGACUGCACCCGCCGAUGCCGAUGCUUCCGUCGCAACCUCAUCCAGUGCGACCCGCGCCAGUGCAAGUCAGACGAGGAGUGCGCCCUGAAGAACGGAGUGCGCGGCUGCUUCAGCACAAAGAGCUCCUACUGCAUCGCAGCAGGCGGAGGGGUGUUCCGCACAUUCGACGGGGCCUUCCUCCGUUUCCCUGCCAACUGCGCUUUCGUCCUCUCCACCAUCUGCCAGAAGCUCCCCGAUGUCUCCUUCCAGCUCAUCAUCAACUUUGACAAGUGGUCUUACCCCAACCUGACGGUCGUCUCGCCCAUUUACUUCUACAUCAACGAGGAGCAGAUUCUCAUCAGUGAUCGCAAUACAGUCAAGGUGAAUGGGACACAGGUAAACAUCCCCUUUGUGACCGGUUUGUCAACCAAAAUCUACAGCAUGGAGGGCUUCCUGGUCAUUGACACAAGCCCCGACAUACAGAUCCACUAUAACGGCUACAACGUCAUCAAAAUAGCCAUCAGCGAGCGCCUGCAAAAUAAAGUCUGCGGCCUCUGCGGGAACUUCAACGGGGACCGGACGGAUGAUUACGUCACCCUGAGAGGGAAACCGGCUGUGAGCAGCGUCUUCCUGGCCCAGAGUUGGAAGACCAACGGCAUGCAAAAAAGCUGCAACGAGCUCCAGUAUGCACAGUACGCCUCGGCCUGUGACAACGUGCAGAUCCAGGUGCUGCAGAGCGACAGCUACUGCCUCAAGCUGACCGACAUGAAAGGCUUCUUCCAGCCCUGUUACGGGCUGCUGGACCCGCUGCCCUUCUACGAAUCCUGCUUUCUGGAUGGCUGCUACAACCAGAAGAAGCACCAGCUCUGUGGCUCGCUGGCAGCCUACGGGGAGGCCUGCCGGUCCUUCGGCAUCCUCAGCACCGAAUGGAUCGAGAAGGAGAAUUGCUCAGGAGUGGUUGAAGAUCCCUGUGUAGGGGCAGACUGUCCCAACAGGACUUGUGAGGUGGAUAACGGUGGAGAGCUGUGCGGUUGCAUUGAACCCCCUCCGUACGGAAACAACACACACGAUAUCUUGGAUGCCGAAGUGACCUGCAAAGCGGCCCAGAUGGAGGUGUCCAUCUCCAAGUGCAAGCUGUUCCAGCUGGGCUUUGAGAGAGAAGGCGUGCGCAUCAACGACCGCCACUGUCCCGGCAUCGAGGGCGAAGAUUUCAUCUCCUUCCAGAUCAAUAACACCAAGGGCAACUGCGGGAACAUCGUGCAGUCCAACAGCACCCACAUCAUGUACAAAAACACGGUCUGGAUCGAAAGCGCAAACAACACAGGAAACAUAAUCACCCGUGACCGGACCAUCAAUGUCGAAUUCUCCUGUGCCUACGAGCUUGACAUCAAAAUUUCACUGGAUUCCGUUGUGAGGCCAAUGCUCAGUGUGAUUAACCUGACAGUGCCAACACAAGAAGGGAGUUUCACAACCAAGAUGGCGCUGUACAAAAACUCCUCUUACAAGCACCCCUACCGGCAAGGGGAAGUGGUAUUGACCACCCGUGAUGUGUUGUACGUGGGGGUCUUUGUCCUCGGCGCAGAUUCCACCCAUCUCAUCCUAAUGCUGAACAAAUGUUACGCAACACCUUCCCGCGACAGCAACGACAAGCUCCGGUACUUCAUCAUUGAAGAAGGCUGCCAGAAUAUAAAGGACAACACGAUUGGGAUCGAAGAGAAUGGAGUUUCGCUCACCUGCCGUUUCCACGUCACUGUCUUCAAAUUCAUUGGGGAUUAUGAUGAAGUUCACCUCCACUGUGCGGUCUCCCUUUGUGACUCAGAAAGAUAUUCUUGCAAAAUAAACUGUCCUCAGAACAGCCGGAGGGCCAGUGACUAUACCAAAGAGCUCAACGAGCAGAUCAUCUCUGUGGGACCCAUCCGGAGAAAGCGCCUAGACUGGUGUGAAGACAAUGGAGGCUGUGAGCAGAUAUGCACAAGCCAGGUGGAUGGGCCCCUGUGCAGUUGUGUCACCGGGACCCUGCAAGAAGAUGGCAAGAGCUGCCGAGCAACCAGCUCUUCAACUGGACCUCAAGCCAGGCUGUUUCCACUUCUGGUCCUCCAGUUCUCAUCAUGGUACAUUCUCUAUAAAUCAAACCCAACCUCAUAAUUAUCCCACGGCAUCCAUUUAAAGUACUGAACUUUGAUCACUCUAACUCCCUGUAAGGAUAAACCACAUGCAAUGCUAAACCUGCAACCAAUUUGCUGUUGUCACUCUUUGCCACCAAUGACAACCUUUGUGUUUGUGGCUGCACUGGAGUUGUUCACCUGUUUAAAUGGUCUUCACAAAGCUGGAAAAGUUUAACAGGGCACCCAACUCUCCUAAACCAUCAGGGAUGUAACCAACAUGAAGCGUAGCAAAUAGCCAAUGUUGUUUCUUCUUGUUUUGAUAUUCUUUUUAGUCUUCAUUUGUAAAGGAACCUCUAUUCCUUCUCAGUGUUUAAAUGUGAAGGGGAAAGGUUUUGCUUGCUUGAUUACAACAGGUUCAUGAAAGAAAAGGGAAAUAUUGGGCCACAGGUCCUUGGUAGUCAUGAGUCUGCUGUUAUAGUAUUUCAGAAUUACUGCUUUUACAUUCCUCCUUUUCUCUAAGAUCUAGAUCGCGCUGUAGCCAUUUCUUUAUUUCCUUUGUAUAUGAGUGGCCAUGAGUUUUGUGGGCCCUCCGGUUAAUUCCUUCCUACAAUGACCAACCGAAAUGUGGCUUUCACACCAGUGGUCUCAAAGGAUCAAUAGAUCGGCAAUCCCUUUGCCCACCUUGAAAGAUGUUCCCAGAGACCAGUCAACAUUAGGUGAAGCUGUUCCAGUCUGUGUUACAGCUACCAUUGUGAGCAUUCACAAGUUCAGUUUUAUACGAGCAAGCAUUGGUUCACACGGAAUGGAUUUAAGACUAAACACUAGGUGCUCAGCCUAGUUUCCUGGUAGCCUUCUACUCAGGAAGCCUUCCUUCGACUGAGGACUUCUAGAAACAGAUCCUUGUGUAUUCAGGUAUAACACUGUACUGUGGAAAUAAAUCCAUCAGAAGCAGGGCAUCCACCACAAAGUCAGUCAAAAACCUUGAUGAACUGCGAACUGCAGUCUUUCCAUGCUACAGACCAGGAGUGAGCACCUUGGGAGCAUCCAGGGGUCCUUUCCCCCCACCCGGAAGCUACACUCCUGCCACCCGUAUUGCAAACACCACUGCCAAAUUGCUGGUGCAUUUCAGCCUCAAUUCAGCAGCAAACGAGGUGCAUUUUCUAUUUAAGACAAGAAAUAGAGGGAGUGUAGUUUUGCAUUACAACAAAGCAUGGCCCCCUUGCAUACCUUGUGGUUUUUUUCUUGACACUGUUGCACAACUCCAACUGCGUCUUUCCCCUCCCUGCUACAGACGUGCUUGGGUUGAGCAGACAUCCCUUCUUUUGAGGGACACCUGGGAAUGAUAGUUCUGUGACGGGCGCAUGGCUAAGAUUCUCAGCAUCUCACCAAGUUGCAGGUCCCUGUAUUCUUUGGGGAGAAGCCAUGCAUGAAAGUGGAUGCCCAACAGGGCCUGUGUUUUAGUCUGAGCUACGGUCUGCUUUAAUUAUGCUCACAUGUUGCCUUUGAACUCAGUAAAUGGCUCACAGAGGAGCUCUGGUCAGCUGGAAUGUCGUUUUUCUCCCUUUGAUCCAGUCUUGGUGAGUCCUCCAUCCCUUUUUAUUAUACAUUCAGCCAAAUAAUUUAAACAUGGAUUAUUCAUAAAUAAAGCAUGGUGUUCAGAUA